AUCCCCGAUUCCACAAAAGCAGAGCUGCAGAGAGCCUCUUCCAAGUUCCUACCACCCACCGCUUCACAACUUGUGUCGUCCGUAGGCAAAGAAAAAUGAAGAAAUCUAUAAAGCCAAACAGAACACAAGAAAAAACCCUCAACUGAUCUUCGUCAAUCAUUGAGAAGACCACCUUGAUCUCCCUCUCCGGCCAAGACCUUGUUUGGAUCAGAGACAAAAAGCAAAAAAAAAAAAAAAAAACUAUCAACAACCAACAACACCAUGGUUGAAACCAGACGCAGCUCCUCCUCUUCCAAACGUGCCCUCUCCUCCCCUCCUCCCACCACCGCCAAACGAUCCAAGGUAUCCGAGGCGUCCUCGUCAACCAAUGAUGCUCGCAGCGCUCCGUCGGUGGAGAAUUUAGGUCCAGUUAAGGAAUCCGGGUCUGAAACUGAAGACCCGGAGCUGCAAUCCCCUGAUCUGCUGAACACCGGUUCGCCAAAGCCCACUGAUGCCUGCGAUGUGGAUAAAUGUGCUGGUUUCGUUGUGGAAGGCGAGGCCUUGGUGUCGUCGCUGUCUUUGGGUGGAGCUGCCGUGGAUGCUGAUAAAUCAAAGGCGGCCGGCACUGCACUACGUUCAAAGAAGCGUCCUACAAAGCUGACCAAAUCGAGUUCCAAAGCCGCUUGGGGAAAGCUUCUUUCCCAGUGCUCUCAGAACCCUCACCUGUCAUUAUGUGGUACUACCUUCACUGUUGGUCAAGGCCCUCAAUGCGAUUUGUGUAUUGAUGAUGAAUCCAUUAGUGCUAAAUUGUGUAGAUUCAAGUACAUAGAGCGUGAAGGGUCAUCUGUUACGUUACUGGAAAUCACUGGGGGAAAAGGUGUCGUGCAAGUAAAUGGCAAGACCUAUAGAAAGAAUUCUAGUGUAAUUCUAAGUGGAGGUGAUGAGUUGGUCUUCAGUACUUUUGGGAAGCAUGCAUAUAUCUUUCAGCAGCUCACCAGCGAUAAUUUAGCUGCUCCUGUAAGUAUAUUAGAAGCACAUAGUGCUCCAAUAAAGGGGAUUCAUAUCGAGGCAAGAUCUGGGGACCCCUCAGCUGUUGCUGGAGCAUCAAUUUUAGCUUCUUUGUCUAAUUUGCCAAAGGAGCUAACCUUACUUCAGGAACCUGCUAAGACUGGUGAGGAUGUGGAACAGAAUACUGAGAUAUCCACGCUACCUUCUGGAUGUGGAGGGUCAGAUGAUCAUACUCCAGACAUUGACUUGAAGGAUAUUGCUAAUGAUAAUGAUCUUACCGGUAUUUCUUCAAGAGAGAAAACUGUUGUUCCAUCCCCUGAUGCUGUCAAUGAGAACCCUAAUCUUGCUAAUCUUGGAUUGGAUCCUUUUUUGGUCUCUGAUGUUGGAAAAGUCCCUGCAGCAAACUAUGAAUUAAGGCCACUAUUGCGGAUGCUUGCUGGUGCAUCUUCAGAUUUUGGUUUAAGCAGCAGCAUCUCUAAAAGACUUGAUGAGCAGAGGGAAAUGAGAGAAAUCCUUAAGGAUUUUGAUCCUCCAUCAAAUUUGAUAAGUAGGAGGCAAGCAUAUAAGGACAGAUUACAACUAGGAAUUUUCAGUUCUGACAAUAUUGAAGUCUCAUUUGAUAGUUUUCCAUAUUACUUGAGUGACACUACCAAGGAUGUUUUGAUUGCUUCAACGCAUGUUCAUUUGAAGUGUAAUAAAUUUGUGAAGUAUUCCUCAGACCUACCUACUGUGUCCCCACGUAUAUUACUCUCUGGUCCUGCAGGUUCAGAGAUAUAUCAGGAGACUUUGGUAAAGGCGCUUGCCAAACAUUUUGGCGCUAGACUGCUAAUUGUUGAUUCUCUUAUGUUGCCUGGUGGACCACCACCAAAAGAUUCUGAUUCUGUGAAAGAAGCUUUGAGGCCUGACCGAGCAUCAAUUUUUGUUAAACGAGCUGCGCAGGCUGCUGGGUUUCAGUAUAAGAAACCAGCUUCUAGCGUUGAGGCUGAUAUUACAGGUGGAUCCACAUUAAGUUCUCAGGCUAUGCCGAAGCAGGAGGCAUCCACUGCAUCAUCAAAAAGCACUACACUCAAAGCAGGUGAUAGAGUAAAAUUUGUUGGUACAAUACCUUCUGGAGUUCCUCCACUGCCUAAUUGUCCGCUAAGUUCAUCCCUAAGCAGGGGACCAACAGCUGGUUGUCGUGGCAAAGUUGUUCUUGCUUUUGAAGAAAAUGGUAAUUCAAAAAUUGGGGUUAGAUUUGAUAAAUCAAUUCCAGAUGGCAACAAUCUCGGUGGCCUUUGUGAAGAUGACCAUGGUUUCUUUUGUUCGGCCAACAGUUUACAACGCUUAGAUGGUUUUGGAGUUGAUGAUAUUGACAAGCUUGCUAUUAAUGAGCUCUUUGAGGUCACUUCUAAAGAAAGUAAAGUUGGUCCAUUAAUAUUGUUCAUCAAGGACAUAGAAAAGGCUAUGGUGGGUAGCUCGGAUUCAUAUACGGUCUUAAAGAGUAAGCUCGAAAAUUUACCAGAGAAUGUUGUUAUAAUUGGCUCCCAUACCCAGAUGGACAGUCGUAAGGAGAAGUGCCAUCCUGGUGGGCUUCUGUUCACCAAGUUUGGAAGCAACCAGACAGCUUUGCUUGAUCUUGCUUUUCCGGAUAAUUUUGGUAGAUUGCAUGAUAGGAGUAAAGAAAUCCCAAAAGCAAUGAAGCAACUCGCUCGACUUUUCCCUAACAAAGUGAUGGUACAACUGCCUCAGGAUGAAACUCUACUUUUGGACUGGAAGCAGCAGUUGGAGCGUGAUAUUGAAACUUUGAAAGCUCAGUCUAAUAUUGUCAGCAUUUGCUCAGUUCUAAACCGAAUUGGCUUGGAUUGUCCUGACCUUGAAACUUUGUUUAUUAAAGAUCAAGCCCUUACUACUGAAAGUGUUGAGAAAAUAAUAGGAUGGGCUCUAAGUAACCACUUUAUGCAUCAUACUGAAGCGUCAGUCAAAGAUGCUAAACUUGUGAUUUCUGCUGAAAGCAUUAAGUAUGGGCUGAACAUUCUGCAGAGCAUUCAAAAUGAAAGCAAAAACUUGAAGAAAUCACUCAAGGAUGUGGUAACUGAGAAUGAAUUUGAGAAGAAACUUCUUGCUGAUGUUAUUCCACCAAGUGACAUUGGGGUUACUUUUGAUAACAUUGGGGCUUUAGAAAAUGUAAAGGAUACCUUGAAGGAAUUGGUGAUGCUUCCUCUUCAGAGGCCUGAAUUAUUUUGUAGAGGGCAGCUGACUAAGCCUUGCAAGGGAAUAUUGCUCUUUGGGCCUCCUGGUACCGGGAAAACAAUGCUUGCAAAGGCUGUUGCCACUGAGGCCGGUGCAAAUUUUAUCAAUAUAUCAAUGUCGAGCAUUACUUCAAAGUGGUUUGGUGAAGGGGAGAAGUAUGUGAAAGCAGUUUUUUCUUUAGCUAGUAAAAUUGCUCCUAGUGUUGUCUUUGUUGAUGAGGUCGAUAGCAUGCUAGGAAGAAGGGAAAAUCCAGGAGAGCAUGAGGCUAUGCGUAAAAUGAAAAAUGAGUUUAUGGUGAAUUGGGAUGGUCUGCGAACAAAGGAUAAGGAGCGAGUGCUGGUACUUGCUGCUACCAAUAGGCCUUUUGACCUUGAUGAGGCUGUUAUUAGGAGGCUUCCCCGGAGAUUGAUGGUCAAUCUGCCAGAUGCACCAAAUAGAGAAAAAAUUCUGAGAGUUAUUUUAGCCAAAGAAGAGUUGUCGCCUGAUGUUGAUUUGGAAGCAAUUGCAAAUAUGACUGAUGGCUAUUCUGGGAGUGACCUAAAGAAUCUUUGUGUGACUGCGGCACAUUGUCCGAUUAGAGAAAUUUUGGAGAAGGAAAAGAAGGAAAAGAAUGCAGCGCUGGUAGAGAAUAGGCCUUUACCAGCAUUGCAUAGCAGUGCUGAUGUUCGUUCUCUGAAGAUGGAGGAUUUCAAAUAUGCGCAUGAGCAGGUGUGUGCAAGUGUGUCAUCAGAGUCUACAAAUAUGAACGAACUCUUGCAGUGGAAUGACCUUUAUGGAGAGGGUGGAUCAAGGAAGAAGAGAUCUCUAAGCUAUUUCAUGUAGGGUGGAUGUAUCUUUUGUAUAGCAUUUCUUUAGGUCAUUCUUCGUCGUGCUAAAGAGCGGCGAGAUUGGGGACCUUAAUUUGUGGAAAUUCCUUUGCAGGUCCUUACCCCCCAUUGUAUUAUAUAUAGGGUUUUUCCCUUUUAUUGUUUUUUUUUAUAAAAUUUCUUUAACCUUUUUGUUAGGAAAUUUACAAGUGCCCGAGCAGUAAAUUUAACUGUAGCAUCUUAUUAAUCCAAUCUAUUUCUUCUCUAAAACGAAUUGUAAGUUCAGGAUAAUAAGUUGCAGAAAGUGUAUAUCGAUCAUGCUGAUGAUUCUUUUGUUCACAA